GGGAUGGAGGAGACGAGCGCGGAGGGGGGAAGAAAAAGUUCAGACCUGGCAAGACCAACUCUCAACAUGACGCUUCACUGACGCGCAGUUUUUACCACCACCACGACGACUAGAGCACCGGCGCUAGAUUCAAGUUUGUGAAAAUAUCUUUGACCUCGUUGCGUGCUUUUAUUUUUUUAUUUUGUAUUGUUUAUUUUUUUUUUAUUUGCUGUGUGUGCGCGCGCGCAAGGCUGGCCGAGGGUCGCGGUCGCCGCGCGCUGAGAUGUUGGAGUGAGUGAGUGAGCGAGCGAGCAUGGCUGCGCAAGUGGCAUCGGCUCCCUCCAGAAAUAACAACAAAAACAAGAAAUUAUCCAGCGCCUUGGGCACGGAGCUCAAUUCGGGGAAAUCCGGCGGAGGAGGAGGAAGUGUACAGCAGAUGCUGGGCGCCGGAGAUGGGACUCUGAAUAAUCAUCACCGCCGAACGGAGCCCGGCAUGGUGCGUUCAACUUCCGCGGGUCACGGCAAGGAUGGGAAUAACCUCACAUCGUCUAAUUCAAACACUUCCUCAAUGGAAACGGGACAGAUCGCCAACCAUAAGCUGAAAUGUGUCGGGAGCGGAGACCCCCCGCAGUCCCAGACACCGCAGCCGCAAUUCGGCCAGUUUGCGCCACAUCCGCAGCGUCAGAUGCACAGCCACAACAACGGACAGGGACCCCGAGGGGCUGUGGACCACCACGGCGGUAAAGAGAACCUUGUGGGGAGUCAAGUGGAGUCGCAACAGCAGGUGCAGGGUAAAGGUGAGGGACAUCUUACAUCCACAGAGGGGAUGAUGUCUUCAAGGUACGAUCACGGCAACUUGGGGCCAACCAGCAACAACUCAGAGUUCAACAACAACUAUUACUCAAGGUCUUUUGAGCAACAUGGCGGACAGCAGCAGCAGCAAGGGAUGGCGAUAUCAUCUGCACAUAACAGCAUGGACAACUCCCACGAAGCAGGCUACCAGAACAGCCAGUACAACCAGUACCCUCCCUAUAAUCGGGCACGGUACGGCGCUGGGACCUACGGCAUGAUGGGCCCCUCUGGGUGCAGGCAACCUGAAAACAUGAUCAUGAGCAGCAACUCCUCGACAAGCCACAGCAAGUCCACUUUGGGAGCCUCUUCCAGUGGCUUCCAAAGGUUCCCGGGACCAACGCAGCAGCAGCAUCCCUCAGGGGCCACCCCGACCCUCAACCAGCUGCUCACGUCACCGAGCCCCAUGAUGCGGGGCUACGGUGGGGCCUACCAAGACUACAGUGCGUCGUCGGCGCAGCAGGGUCUGCAUGGGAAAGAUGCGGGCCCUCAGUAUGGAGCCACCACGGCCCACGGCUGGGGAGGGCAGCCCAGGAACCAUCCGCAUUCAAUUAGUCCAGGCAAUGGAGGGCAAGGCCUUGGGAGAAGUCAGGUGUCCUCCAUGGACUUCAUGGCGAUGAAGCGUUCGCAGCUUUAUGGUAUGGCCAAUAAUCCGUACUCGGGCCCACAGCAGCCAGGGGGCGGGCCUUACCCUCCUAGCCAGCCGUAUACUCCGCCUCCCUCACACCGUUAUCCAAUGAGCAUGCAGGCAAGAAGUCAAAUGGGCAUGGGCAGCAUGCAGUUUCCUCAGCAGCAGGUGGCGCCCUACAGCCAGCAGGGGAUGGCAGGCUAUAGCCAGCACCAGCAGGCGAGCCAGCAGGGAACUCCGCCCUAUUUCAGUCCCCCACAACAAACACCCCCAGGUCCCAACCAGAGCCCCUACCUGCAGUCACGACCACUGCCUCAGGAGGCACAGCAAGAGAAUUACAACACCAGAGGUCCCGGCGCAGGAAAUUCUGGGAAGAGCAACAAUGAGGAUGGCGUCUCCUCUCAGCACCGCCCUUCCAGUCUGCCGGAUCUGUCUGGCUCGAUAGAUGACCUCCCCACUGGGACAGAGGCUGGUCUGGGAUCAGCUGUCAACAGCAGUAGUAACCAAGGAGAGCAAGCAGGCGCCAGUACCCAGCGACAGUCUCCUUUCUCUCCUCACGCCUCGCCACACCUUCACAGUCAGAGGAGCGGACCUUCACCCUCCCCUGUGGGCUCACCUGCAGGCUCCACUCAGUCCCAACAGUCGCGUUCAGGCUCUGGGCCCAUCUCCCCCGCCAGCGGCCCCCCUGCUGGUGCCAACACACCAGGCUCCACGUCAAACCCACAGAGCUCUGGGAAUGGACCGGAUGGAUCCCGCCCACCAAUUACGCACUCACCUAUGGCUCAGGAGCGAGGGUUCAUGUCCAACAUGCCAAGGAACCAGGCUGGCUCUCAGUUCCCAUUGUAUCCCGCAAUGGGUCCCUACUGCCAAAGUGGUCCCACAGGCCCUUACGGUCCUCAAGAAACCCAAUAUGGACACCAAGGGAACUACCCUCGGCCAUCCAACUAUAGUGGGACUACAAGUGUCAACUACAGCGGCCCUGGCGCAGGCAUGAGCAACAGCCUGGCCAUGAAAGCAAGCAGCCCUAUGCACGGCCAUGGCCCUGGUCAACCUCUUCCCGGAGGCCGCAAUCCAGGGCUGGGAAACCACAACAGAGGGUACCCCACCGUGGCACCCAGUUCUCCCAGCAUGCCUCAGCCAGCAGGACCGGGAAUGGGCCCUCCCUCUUUGGGUACGUCUAACCACAAGACACAGGAGGCAGCGGGAUCCACCAUGCCAGGCGCAAUCAACGCAACAAACAUCAGGCAGGGCAGCUACCAAGGACCUAGCGUCAGCCAAGCAAGCACCGUAAUCCCCUACAGUCGGCCAGCAGGCAACAAUGUUUCAGCCAUGGUCAACGUACAAGGUCCAGCCUACAAUGUGAUGCCAUCAGAAAUGAUUGAAGCAUACAAAAACAGCAGCACCGGCAGCAGCAAAUCACUUGAGAGAACAUUGAACGAUCAUGGAUUCAUUGGAAUGUCUGGAGACGGCAUGAUGAGCCCAGAUGUGAAAGUGAAAACAGAUGUAAAAGAUGACAAUGACCCCGCCAAUGACACUCACAAGCCAAAGUCACAAGACGGUCACAGCAACAGCACCACCGGCCCCCAGCAGUGUGUGUCACAGCCGGCCACGCCAAGCAGUGCUCUGCCCGUCCCUUCCCCACUAUCACCCAGCCCAGCCAGUUUGUCCUCCUACCACGGAGAUGAUAGCGACAGCAUAAGCAGCCCUCCUUGGCCUGUCAAGGCACCUCCAAGCCCAAAAGCCAACCCAAACUCGUCAUCGUCCAGUGGUGAUCGAAUCUUGCGACUAUACGAACUGGGUUUGGAGCCAGAGAGGCGGCUCUGGGUGGAGCGCUAUCUCUCCUUCAUGGAGGUGAGAGGAACUCCUGUUUCCCAGUUGCCUAUUGUGGGGAAGAAGCCUCUGGAUCUCUGGAAGCUCUACAUUGCUGUUCGGGAGAUUGGAGGCCUUGCCAUGGUAAAUAAGAACAAGAAGUGGCGCGAGCUCUCCACCACACUGAGCGUGGGAACAUCGAGCAACUCGGCCAGCUCGCUUAAGAAGCACUAUAUCCAGUACCUGUUUGCCUAUGAGUGCAAAAUGGAGCGAGGUGAAGAGCCACCAGCAGACAGCAGCAGCAGUAGUGGAAGCGUGACUGCAGGGGACAGCAGGAAACAGGUCAAGAUCCAGCCUCCCUCACCUGCGAACUCAGGCGGCUCCCUCCAAGGUCCACAGACACCCCAAUCUUCAGGCAGCAGCUCCACUGUGGAAGGUGCAGGGGACCUCUUACCCCCCACCCGUGCCACCACCCCUCCUGGACAGGCCACACCUGUGCAUCAAAACAGGAGCAGCGUGAGUGUGCAGGAUCCCUUCUCAGAGGUCAGCGACCCAGCCUUCCAGAAGCGUGCUGCCUCUCUGCCACCCUCUGCUCCAUACCAGCAGGGCCUCGGCAUGCCAGACAUGAUGAUGCGGAUGCAAUAUGAUGCCAAGGACCCCUUCGCUGGCAUGAGGAAGAUGGCAGGUGCUGAUCCCUACAUGCCUGGCCAGAUGCCGCCUGGAGGUGUGCAGGACUUGUACGGACGGCCCCCAACAGCCCUUAGCAUGAGUCAACGCUCACAGUACUAUGGCUAUGACAGGAGACCGGACCACUUGAUGGGGAUGGAGGGAAGCAUGGGUCCCCCUGGUAGUCAGAACAGCAUGGCACCUCACAGUGAGGGUAGCGUGUAUUCUCCCAGCAGAUACCCUUCACAUCAGAGACAUGAUGGCUACAGUCCGCAGUAUCCUGGCAUGCCAUACGGGAUGCAUCCUUCUGGCAUGUACCAGCAGCAACAGCAGAGCUACAAACGGUCCAUGGACGGUGUGUAUGGUCCUCCACCCAAGAGGCAUGAGAGUGACAUGUAUGGUUUGCAGUAUUCCAACCAGCAGGCAGACAUGUAUAACCAGUAUGGCGGGGGUUAUUCAGGCCCAGAUCACAGACCCAUCCAAGGACAGUUCCCUUACCCCUACCCCCGCGAUCGUAUGGGUUCUUCAAUGCCAAGCCAGCAUGGAAUGAUGGGUGGGGUACCUCCUCCUAACCACAACAUUGAUGGUCCCAACAUGUGGCCAUCCAGGACAGACCUCGGUUAUCCCUAUCCCAAUCGACAAGGACAUCCAUCCCAAAUGCCCGCUUAUGGUUCGAUUGGCAGAGAAGACAUGGAUGGGCGGCCGGGGCAGGAUCAAUGGCAUCGGCAGUCUCCUUAUAUGUCAUCAUCAGUCGGUAUGCCGCCCUUUUCAUCGCGCCACCCGCCUUCAUCUUACUCCAAUUCACAAUCCAUGGCAAACCACCCACCUAGAGCCCCCAGUCCAGGAGCUUUCCAGCGUUCCUUGGACUCUCGUGUGUCACCUAGCAAAGCAGCUUUCCUAUCAGCCAUGAAGAUGUCAAAGCCUGGGAUGUCCAUGAUGGGCUCUCAGGGAUGUGGGCCUCUGGGUCAGUUUCCCCACAGCCUGAGAAGGGACCUCAACUACCCACCAGGAUCAGUGGAGGGUACCAUGCCAAUUCUCCGGCCUCAACGCAAGCUUACCAACAAGGACACAGGAAUGCCUGAGGCCUGGCGUGUGAUGAUGUCUCUCAAAUCUGGGCUCCUAGCAGAGAGCACAUGGGCUCUUGACACUAUCAACAUUCUGCUUUAUGAUGACAGCACUGUUGCUUCAUUUAACCUCUCCCAGUUGCCAGGCUUCCUGGAGCUCAUUGUCGAGUACUUCCGCCGUUGCUUGAUUGAGAUCUUUGGCAUCCUGCAAGAGUUUGAAGUAAGGACGGUGACUAAGGAAAUCUUGUUGGACCUCUCCUCCCACCAGAAGAAAGAAACCAUCUUGGACGAUGAAACCGAAAUUGCGGUCCAAUCCACAUCUGAUUCCGUCCCAAUUCUGGUGGCGGCAGAGGAACUACCACAAAAUACGAUGAAGGAAUAUCUUCCUGUUAUUGGAGAGCCUCUCUCAACUGAUGUGAAGAAAAAACCUGAUCAGUGCUUUAAAAAAGAUGAAGAUGACAAAGACAUGAAAGCGGAGAGUAAAAAUGAGUGUGAUGUAGAGCUGCCUGUUGCUGAAGUGGAACCAAAACCUAAACAAGCUAGCAAAUAUGAUAAGUUCCCCAUAACCAUUGUUGACCUUAGUGAAGACAUAACAGAUCACUUGGUUGAUGAGUUCACCAGUGGGCUGCUCCACUGGCAAGCUGGUGGAGGCGACACCACGGCUCACAUUCAGACAUACUUCGAACCCCGCAGUGGGACACCUACCAGGGUGGAGGACAAAAUGCUCAACCCAAACCAGGAUGACGACGGGAAGGAACAAACUGGAAAACGUAUCACGGCUACCAUCGAUGAUGUUUUGUGCGCGCGGGUUGACGCCCUCUCGAACGCCCACCCUGCUCGCUCGCUGCCAUCCUACCCUUUCAGGGUGCAUCCAGAUGGAGAACAGGACCACAUCACCUUGCUGGAGGAUGAACCACGCUGCCUGGAUGAAACCCCGCUGACCACAAGAUCAGCCUGGCAGGACUCAUUGGCCAAACGCUGCCUCUGCAUCUCCAACAUUGUCCGUGGCUUGUCCUUCAUCCCAGGGAACGACUCGGAUAUGUCGCGACAUCCUGCUCUGGUUCUUCUUCUGGGCAGGCUCCUCCUGCUGCACCACCAACACCCUGAGAGGACCAGGUCGCGCCCCAGCUAUCAAAGAGAUGAACAGCAGGACAUGGGGCUUUCAAGCAGUCAAUCCGAGUGGUGGUGGGAGUGUCUGAGUCAGCUCAGAGAGAAUGCAAUGGUAACUCUGGCUAAUAUCUCAGGCCAGCUGGAUCUCUCCACUUAUGCCGACACCAUCUGCCUCCCCAUCUUGGAUGGCCUCCUCCACUGGAUGGUGUGCCCUUCAGCCGAAGCCCAGGAACCCUUCCCUUCGGCAGCGGCCUACUCCCAGCUCACUCCUCAGAGACUGGUUCUGGAGUGCCUUUGCAAGCUGAGCAUCCAGGAAGGUAAUGUGGAUCUCCUCCUUGCCACACCACCUUUCAGUCGACAAGAGAAACUCUUCACGGUGCUGGUCCGCUAUGUAGGUCAGCGGAAGGCCCAAGUGUACAGGGAGAUGGCGGUGGCCAUCACCUCCCACCUGGCACAAGGAGACCCAACCGCGGCACGUGUCAUAGCCAUGCAGAAAGGCAGCGUGGGUAAUUUGGUAGCCUUUUUAGAGGAUGGCGUCACCAUGGCACAGUACCAGCAUAACCCUCACAGCUUAUUGCACAUGGGGCACCCCCACAUGGAUCCACCUAGCGUGAGCAUGUUGUGUAGAGCAGCUAAAGGCCUUCUGGCCAUGGCCAAAGUGGGGGAGAACAAGACAGAGUUUGUGCUCUAUGAAAGCAGAUUGUUAGACAUUUCCAUUUCUUCCGUGCUUAACGCUGGAGUUGUGGCGAUUAUUUGCCAGGUUCUCUUUCACUUGGGGAAGUUAUGACAGGAGGAGACGCAGGACUUGGUUGGAAGACAUUAAGGUGGACAAGCUAUUACACUUGUUUUGUUUUUUUUAUUCAUCAAACUGAUAAAAGUUUUUUUUUAUUCCACGUAAACAAAAUAUCCCUAUGUAUAUAUACCCUCUCAGCCCUGUAAAUGUGGGUCUGGGGUUUCAUUUUAAUACAAAUAUUUAAUACCUGCUGGUGUUGGAUUGCUGAUAUUAUGUUUGACAUUUGUUUACUUUUUUUCCACCCAAAGCUACCAACAGAUUUUGGUGCUGACUUGCGUCGAGGAGUUUCUUUUCGGUUUUAUAAAAGCUAAAAUAAUGGUCAUCUACUUUUUAUUGGAGAGUAUUUAUUUAAAAAAAAAUUGACACUGUAAAGAAGUUUGAACUUUUUGCCAGCACUUGUGGGAAAAUAACACACUGAGUGUUUGAUUUGAAAUCUUUAUGUCUCGGUCGCUGGAAGAGAACUUGUGCAAUAGGACUAGAACAAGUGGUCCCUUCUAUGAACCAGAUGAUGAAAACGCACCUGCAGCGUGUACUUUAGGCCACAAGGAGGCACCUUGCACCAGCCAAUCAACUUGAGAGAAGUGCAUCGGUCCAAAAGAAAUGUUUAAUUUAUUAAUCAUUGCCUCAACGACUUUGGAACUUUUGUCUCAUCAAUGCUCGUUUCAUCUUGUGUGUGUUAUUUCAUCACUGUAUACAAACUGUACAAUGGAGGCACAUGGUUCUGUCUAUCUCAAUCAAGCAUAGCAAGAGCUGGGACUAUUAACAUGCUUUUAUUGUUGUUAAACAUUUGUUAUUGUUAUUAUGAGUAUUUUGUUAAUGGGGUCUGAUAUUUGAACAUGGUAACCAAUGUUUCAAUAUAAAAAUAAAUAAAUAAAAGCCUGUAUGCAUUGUAUUAUAGCUGAGAAACGCUUUGGUAAUCAAACGUGAAAGUGCCAGGGUGAGAGGAUAUAUAGGUGAGGUUACGUUAGAAAACGGAACACAUUUCUUUUUGUUACUGUCCUCCAUUCACAUCAGUGGGCAUAUUUUGGAAUGCCCCAAAAAGAAAUGUGUUUGAAACCUACAAGAUGUUAAAAAUGCUCAUUGUAAAAUUUGCCUUUUUCGUAUAACUACAGUAUGUCUCUUUUAUCCGGUAUACACAUUUAUACUCUGUGCUGCACAUGUCACAAAUAAAUGUACUAUGAACAUCACAAAGCAUCGCAGAUAUUGCAUUAUGUUCAGACAAUCUACAGGCCAAUAAAAGCUACUACUGAUUGACUUGGUUUGCUA